CGGGGUCACCCCGUGGUGCCUCAGUUUCCCCAUCUGUGAAAGGAGGGCAAAACCAGCACCGUCCUCACAGGCUCCCCACGAGACUAGCAGAUUGGCCCAUGUGCUGUGCUUGGAAUACCUCACAGUCCGUAAUAAGCCCUCUGUGAUAAAGCAGGUUUCAUUUUGUGUUGUCUCCUCCAAACUGGCUCUUCCAAAAUAGGGUUCCCCGGGACAGAUCCCCCCCCCCCCCCCAAGUGACGUGGCUCUCUUCCUCAAGGUUCUCGUCCCUUCCACUUCCUGGAGUUGGUUUUUCCGGAGCAGGGAUUCCUUUUCCUGUUAACUCUGGGCAAGGGGAGUGUGAGGUCAGGGUGGAGCCAGGCACGGCCUUUUGACAUCGUCGGGGAAGGCAGCUGCCGGGCACAGGAUUGAUGAGAAAGUAGCCAUGAGGGUCCGCUCGGGGUUUCGGCUUCAAGGCAGCCAGGCUGUGCCCCCCCCAGCAGGAGACACCGAGCAAAGGAUAAAAAACAGUUUCUGAGGGGAAACUGGUGUUCUCUGGAAAACAGCCUCCCUGCUCCGCCUCCUUCGUGUGUUCCUGCAGUCCUGUCUCUCGGCAGAAAUGUCUGGAAAACAAUGACUCAUGUGCUGGACAACCUCUGCGCCCACCAAGGCCACACCCCCGGUCCCGAGCUGCCCCAGGAAGGCCCCAGUACCCCAGAGACCAGGCUGGCGCUGAGACUUCCCUGAAGUGGCGUCUUCUGAGCCCAGGACAUGUGUCUGUCUUCUGAGCCCAGGACACGGGAGCAGGGGAACCACUCUCCCUGGAUACACAGGUUUCUCAGUGAUGGUCCCUUCUGCCGGAUCUGCCAUGAGGGAGCCAACGGGGAGAGCUUGCUGUCUCCCUGUGGCUGUACUGGCACGCUGGGCGCCGUGCACAAGAGCUGCCUGGAGAAGUGGCUCUCCUCGUCCAACACCAGCUACUGCGAGCUGUGCCACACGGAGUUUGCAGUGGAGAAGCGGCCCCGGCCCCUCACAGAGUGGCUGAAGGACCCGGGGCCUCGGACGGAGAAGCGGACGCUGUGCUGUGACAUGCUGUGCUUCCUGUUCAUCACGCCCCUGGCUGCCAUCUCGGGCUGGCUGUGCCUGCGCGGGGCCCAGGACCACCUCCGGCUCCACAGCCGGCUCGAGGCCGUGGGGCUCAUCGCGCUCACCAUCGCCCUGUUCACCAUCUACGUCCUCUGGACGCUGGUCUCCUUCCGUUACCAUUGCCAGCUGUAUUCCGAGUGGAGAAGGACCAACCAGAAAGUUCGCCUGAAGAUCCGGGAUGCAGACGGCUCUGAGGGCACCCCGCACUCCUCGCUGGCAGCUGGACUCCUGAAGAAGGUGGCAGAGGAGACACCCGUGUGAAGGCCGGGCCAGCAGGGCCAGAGACAGCUGGCGACGCCCUGGUAUUUGGAAGGACGAAAUUGCCUGACCCUUCCUGCACGGCCAGAAUGCUUUUGAGGCCAAGAGCCACCAAGCGGAGCUGGUUCUGUGAUCCCACACGAAGAUGUUUUCCAAUUGUUUUGCACACCGUCGUACCUGAGGACAGAUGGACGUGGUCCUGAGCUUUGGACGGAGCAGGCACCCUGAUCUCGUCCUGAGGUCCACCCGGCCCCUUGUGGGCCAGCAGCCGUGGCCAUAGGUGAACCAGGGCGCCCAUGGGGCUGGGAGGUUCCGCAAGCUUCUUGGCGCUUCUCUGCACCCAGCAGGCUCGCUUUCCUGGCACCCUCGACUUUAUAAAGUUGCACUGCGUUUCAAAAACCCACCCUGAACGAAUAAAAGGAGCCCUUGCUGGACAAAA